ACACACGUUAGUCGAGUCCAUGUGUGACGUCACAGGUGGUGCUAGAUCUAGUUGAGUUGUAGGUAACCCGCCAUAUUCCUGCUGCUGGUUUGUUUUGCUUUGUCUAUGCUUUGAACUUUCAAGCAAUGGGGGUUACUGAAGUUACAAAAAAAGAAGAAUUCGAGGAUACUAUAAGGGCCCAUGGCUUGGUGGUGGCGCACUUCUACGCCGACUGGGCUGCGCAGUGCGCGCCCAUGAACGAGGUCAUCAGCGAGCUGGCCAAGCAGACCGAGUACAAGGACGUGAGGUUCGUCAAGUGCCCGGCGGAAGACGUCCCCGAGGUGUCCCUGAGCCUGGGCAUCAAGGCCGUGCCCACGUUUCUGCUGCUGCGCGGGGGCAGCGUCGUGGACCGGGUGGACGGGGCGGAUGCCGCAGCGCUCUCCAAGAAGAUAAGCCAGCAGGUGGCCAAGCUGCCGCUGGAGACCCCGAGGCCCGCGGCGGAGUCCCAGGAGGAGCUGACUGCCCGGCUCAGGCGCCUCGUCAGCUCUGCGCCAGUCAUGCUGUUCAUGAAGGGGUCCCGGGAGCAGCCGCGCUGUGGCUUCAGCCGGACCAUCAUCGCCCUGCUGGACGAGCUGGGCGCGGACUACGCCACCUUCGACAUCCUGGGCGACGAGGCCGUGCGCCAGGGCCUCAAGAAGUACUCUGAUUGGCCCACCUACCCCCAGCUGUACGUGAAGGGGGAGCUGAUUGGUGGCCUGGACGUGGUGCGGGAGAUGAGAGAGAGCGGAGAGCUGGAGAAGAUGCUGCCCAAGAAGCAGGCGCGGCCGAGCGAGAACGGGCUGUCCGACACGCCCGGCAAGAAGCAGCUGGAAGAGAGACUGCGAGGUCUCAUCGGCGGCAGCAAGGUGAUGGUGUUCAUGAAGGGCGACCGAGACAACCCGCGCUGUGGCUUCAGUCGCCAGCUCAUGCAGAUACUCUCGGACACAGGGGUGGAGUUCGGCACGUUCGACGUGCUCUCGGACGACGAGGUGCGGCAGGGACUGAAGGAGCUCUCCGACUGGCCGACCUACCCGCAGGUGUACGUGAAGGGGGAGCUGAUUGGUGGUGUGGACAUCGUGAAGCAGCUGGCGGAGAGCGGGGAACUGUCGUCCGCCCUGAGCGGCUAGCCCCGGGGUGUGUGGACCCGCGUCGUUUGCUAGAGUUGUGCAGCUAAUGUAGCUCCCGAGCUUGGCUUGUUCCUGAGUAAACGUACCAUGUAAUAAUGUACCUGCGUGGAAAUUAGUGUUCAUAUAGGUUGGUAGGGUAGGCAACUGGUUUUCACGGGAUGAACAUCUUUCAAGAUGGGUGAAUGAAUCGUGCAAAUAAAUAUACAUACUUUCUCA